CUCGGGGCUUCUUUUCUUCAGGGGCAUUUAACUGGGAGUUUAUGGAGGCUGCAGUAGUGGAAAAUGAAGAUCUCCUCUGUGGUCUUCGCUCUCCUCACCCGGGUGCUGUUUGGAGAUUUGUGUCUGGCCAUCAACGUCACCAUCACUCCCUACCCCUUCACGGUGGCCCAGGAGGGUCAAAACAUCACUCUGACGUGCGUGGUGUCGCAGCGACGCCGGAAUGCGGCUCUGCCGGUGGUUAAAUGGACCUUUCUGCCGGCGGGCACGGACAGACCGGAGGACGAGCUCCUCAUCGCCCGCGUCAACAUGAGGAAAGCUCGCUUCUACGGCAACUACACCAAGAGCUUCCCGUGGCCCAAGCUGAAGCUGACCGUAGUGAAGCAGGGGAAGAUCUUCGACUUGUUCAUCCUGAACGUGUCGGAGGGCGACCGGGGGCUCUACAUGUGUCGGGUGCAGGAGUUUAAAAAGCACCAGGCCCGCUGGAAGGCUUCGUCCAACUGCACGGCUGCCACGGAGCUCAGAGUGCAUGUCCUACCAGCUACCAAGGCCAAAGAAAGCCUGUGGAGCUUGUUUGAAGAUGUGUACCUGUGUGCCGUGCUGAUCUGCUCCGUGGGGCUGCUGUGCAUGUGCAUGUUCACCGUGACAGUCACCUGCCAGAUUAUACAGAGGAAGCAGAGGCUAAAAGAUAACUACCACCUGGUGAAAAGUGCUCAGAACAGCUCAGGAGAGACGGUCACGAGUGUAGCCAGUGUUUCUCCAGCUCUACCGAAGAAGGAGAGGAGGUACAGGAAGAAAAGGAGCCGAGACUACCAGGAGGAGAUACCACCAGAGAUACCAGCCAAAGCACCCAUUGGAGACAAAACGCGAAAACCCAAACUUUUAAAACCUCAACCGAGAAAACUAGUGUUGCCGAAGAUCGUGGAGGAGAACCUGACCUACGCGGAGCUGGAUCUGGUGAAGCCGAUUCCGGAGCCGAAAGCGUCGCGCAGCGGCACCGUGUACGCUCAGAUACUGUUUGGGGAGCAACAGUUAUAAGAAGAGCGCACACACUCAAAUACACACACACACACCACUAGUAAACUGUGCCUUAAUUUUUGGAAAAAAAAAAUUAUUUAUAAUCUUCAUUGUUGUGUAUUCAGAUGUUUUGUCAAAGGUGAAUGUGUAAUGCCACAAAAUUGUACAUAUGAUUUUAUAUGAACUUUGAUACAAAUUCUUUUAAUAAGGACAAAUGAUAUGUGCCUUUUUUUAUAUACUGUAGAUAUUUUUUUCUUUUUCUGUUUUGAUCCUGUGUUGUCUCUGAGCGUGUUAUGAGAGUAACAAAGUGGAUGUUCGGACCUGCGGGCUGGUUUGUGCCUCCUCAGUCAAUAUAAGUAUCGAAAAUGAUAAAUGAAUAAUGAUGCUAUGUGUGAUUUUGAAAAAAAAGAAAAAAGAAUAUACACUAUAGCAAAAAAAUUACAAAGAAAUGAAACAACCUUGAUCUGAAGAAUGGAUGUAAUUAUCCCAUGGAGUUCAAAGAGUGAAAAAAUCCACUUUUAGGAGGUUGGAUGGAUAAAAUCAUCAACAUUUUCAUUUCAUAAUUUUGGAAUAAAAUAGCUGAUGUUUGUUUCAGCUGAUCAGAAAUGUGUCAAGCCUACCAUCUAAACUAUUUCCUGAAUUCUGGAACUGCUCCUUUUAGUCUGCCGGUCUGUGUCAUUUCACUUUCUAAUAUUUAAUUCAACUGAAAUUACAUUCAGGCCGUGUGCAAGCAGCGUUGAGAAUUCUUGAAAUCACUUUUACAGAGAAAUGUGGGAAAAGUAAAGUCAGCAGAUUUAUAAAGAAGGGGAAAAAAAUGAGCUGUCAUGAAUGUGAACCAACAUGUUGUUAAAUUUAAUUGACUUUUCAGUGUGUUCCCAUCAUUAUCUCGCUCACAGUGUCAGUGUUUAGUCUGCAUUUAGUGACCACAGCUACACCAAGUUCAUGCUGAAGCGGCAAUUAGCUCACUGACUGCCCCCACCACCACCACCCCACCCCCACCCAGACCCCCAACAACCAGCCGAUCUCUUUCAUCUGGUGCCAACGUAAACUUAACAGGCUGUUAGCCGCACAGACGCUCACACACACAUACAUACAUACAUACAAGGGUGGAGUUACCGAAGGGCUAAACGCAGCGAAAGGCACGAGCUGCGAAGCCAAAAACCUGCAAACAAUUCUGACACCUGAUCUCUGGGAUGACAUGAGACCUGCGUUUGGCCCGGUUCACAUUAACGUCAAUCACAGUUUGGGAUCUUUGACUUUUGCUGUUGGAGAUAAGAACCAGAGGCCAUUCUGGCAACCGUCCCGGAAACCUGCGUGACGGCCUCCUUGCCUUCUCACGUUCCAUGAAGCGGAGUGUGAAAAUACUCUGGACUCCCUUUUUUUUUUUUUUUUUUUUUCCAUUUAAUGAUCCGCUGGACUCCAGCAUGGAAAAGCAAAGGAGAGCUUUUUUAAACAGUGAACUUGAAAGCCAGACACAAAGGCACCGGAUCCCUCCCUUCCCUUCUCGGAGGAAUCCACACUGAUCCACUGUGUGUAGAAGAAUUUUACCAUCUCUUGAUCUGCUAACUAGCUGACUGUGGUAAACAGAUGAGAUCCUUCUCUAAAGGUAUGAACGAUAAACUAUGUUGCAGCUCUAAUUCGCCCGGUAACAGCUGACGAGACUGUAUAAUGUCAGACUGCUGCGCUAUCACAGAUUGAGGCCAUGUUUUUUCUGAAAAAGAUUACAGUGUGAGACCAAAAAUGUGUAGAUUCCUGCAGCCAACCGGUGGUUAGACACUUGGACAUGUUUUGUUCUCUCGAAUGUUUUUAACAUUACAACCUAAACCACUGUUGACCUUCGCUUCUGAGGGCGUUCCAGUUUUUCCGUCAUCGUUCUCUCGCCUUCAUCUCAGUUUGGAUUAAGAGUGUCCAAAGUGACAUGGCUGAAGGCGACCUUUCAGCGGUGGGUAGAAGUGUCUUUAAACUGCCCUCAGACUGUGAAACGUAAAGUUUCUCCCAGACCGCAUUGUCCUUAAUGGGAGUCGGCUCUAACUGGAACCAUGUGUGUGAAACUCGCCUCUGUGCUUUCUUCCUCUCUCGUUUCCCUCUCUUCGCCCACCACUGACCUCCACAUCCAUCAACAUUCCACUGUUUUCUGCUCAUGUUCAGUUUGUACAUUUUCAGUGUGCAUCAAAAGGUGAAAUAAACAUGA